AUUGAGAUCUGCUGUCACUGGCCGUUGAGACUUCGCCUCAGAGUUGUGUCUGGAGGUGACUUUUCCAUAGCCAGGGGGGCGGCAUGAGGAAGGCUGAGGUUACCACGGUCUGUGUCCCACGGGUCCGUCGUCUGCCUCCAUGGGCUCUCAUGCCCGCCUCACAGCCUGCAUUGUGGCGGGACCUCCCUGCAGGCCUCACUCAAGCCCUCUGUAGCCUGUGCUGGCAGAAAAGCCCCCCACAGGUCACAGGAAAGGGUCAGAAUCCCGUUCCCCAUGGGUCACCAGGGCAUCUGCCCCGCCAGCCCCUCUCACUGCCACCCAGGGACUCCCAGCAGCCAGCUGUCCCAGGGCAGCGCCAGGGCAGCGGCACAUGUCUGUCACCCCGUCUCUCCAGAAGUGUAGAGUGUGGUGUCAUCAGGCUCCUCAGACACAGCGAGGAGGCCAUGCCUGUCAGCCCGCAUCUCCUUGCCUCGUCUGCCUUCUGUCUUCGUCUGUGUGUCUGUCUCUCUGUGUGUUAGUCAGGGUUCUAGAAGACAGAGCAAUGAAUGAACAUAUAAUAUAUAUUACACACACACACAUAGAUGUAGAUACAGACAUGUGGCCAUUUGGUAGUGUGGCUUAUAGGCUGUGGUCUGGGUAGUCCUAAUCCAAGCGUGAUUGUCUCCAGCAGUUGCUCAGUCCACAAACAGGUCUCAGCAGUCCCAGUCCAGCGCUGGAGUCCUGGAGGGUUCCUGGGGAACUGCUGGUCUCAGUCUGCACUGGGAUCCGGGGAAGUGGGCUCUCACACCAGUGAAGGAAGCCUCAGCCGCAGGGCAGAGGAGCCUGCCAGCCAGAGCGGGCAAGCAGGUGGAGAGCAAACGCGGCCUCCUCCUGUGGGCUGCCGCCGGAGGGUGUGGCCUGCCGCCGGAGGGUGUGGCCUGCCGCCGGAGGGUGUGGCCUGCCGCCGGAGGGUGUGGCCCGGGUGAGGGUCCCGUCAGGAGAGCCCCCACAGGUGUACCCAGCUGCUUGGGUUAGUUGUUCCAGAUGUGGUUGAGCUGGCAACAAGAUCAGCCAUCACACUCUGUCUCUGUAUUGUCUCCCUGUCUCGUCUCUGCCCUCUGUCUUCGUGUCUCUGUCUCCAUCUCUUCUGAUGCCGGAGGCCCACACCUGCCUCCUCCCUGUGGUCAGAGCUCCCUGAGGCCUGUCCCCCCGCCAGCUGUGCUCUUGUGGUCUGCUCCUUGUCUGAACCCUGUUUGUCCCAACACACCUGGCGACAUGGUGGCUAGCUGUUACCUCUCAUGGCAGAUGGCCAUGUCCAUCCAGAGGAUGAGCAUUUAUUGAGUACCUGCUGUAACGUGUGUCCUGCACACACUGUCCCCAAGAUGCCUGUGCCCUGUCCACAGAAGCUUGGACCCAGGGGACUCUAUUAAAACCACUGGUUGUGGGACCGAGCUUGUCACCUGCCUCCACCUCCACCACCUCUGCAGGCCGUGGAUGGCCUGGAAUUCCAUGGAACAAGGAGGACAGACUUGAGCCAAGCGUCAUGGCAGGGCAGAAGGGACAUGAAGAGUGCUUCAGUGAGAGCCCUGAGCUGGGGACCUCUCCCUAGAGCUCAGAGGGAGGCAGGACGGUGAGAGUCAAGAGCCCAGGGGCUGGCAGGGUGUGGUGCCAGCCCCACCCACCUGGUAUAGAGUUCCUGCCCUGUAGGCCCAGGCCUCUGUGCUCUGUAUGGACGUGUUCACCACUGCAGUGGGAGCCAGGAGUCGGACAGAAAACCCAGCCCUGCCCCGAGCCAGCAGAGAAGAAACCCUCAGGCAGCUGGGCACUAAUCACAAGCCCUCCAGUUUCCUGCUAGAAGAAGCACAAAGAGAAAGGAGAUGAGCCAUGUGACUUCCCCCUCUAAGGAGAAAGUCCUCCUGUCGUCCUAGCUCGGAGCUAGGCAGGAGGAUAGUCUUGGGUGUUCCUGGGCUACACCUCGAGAUUCCGCCUCAAAGCAACAAGAAAACUGCAACAGGAAAAGAAACAGAAGAAACCCAGAGUAGUGUCCGUCAUUCUGCCUGUCCCUUCCUCGUGGAGAGGAGCCUCCUGUGCUCAUGGCAGCUUGGAAGUCACCUCUGCUGUGAGCUGUGGGAGUCCCCUCCCCCAGCAUGGGGUCGGCUCCCAGGACACCUUCGACACCUGGGGCCCCAGUAGCUGUUGACUGGACCCGUCUUAUGCGGUGGUCACUUGGGGCUCCUGCGGAGUGUCCUGAGUUCCUGACCGUACCUCCUGGAGCCCUGCCUUCCUUUUCAGCCAGCCCCAGCCCUCAGUCACCUGCUUCUGCAAGGAAAGGGCCCCGUGCAUCCCUGCUCCGCCUUCCAUCUCCAGGUGGCAUGGAGCCCCUACCCCAUGGGCUCUGAUAUCCCUGCUGGAUGACCGGAACAGUUCCACAGACCCCUGUGGGCAUAGCCCACCUGGGCCAUGCAGGACCCCUCAUGCCUCGAGGACCUCUCCAAUGCCUCCAUCUUCUCGUCCUCUGUGGAUUCCCUGUCAGACAUCCCUGACACACCUGACUUCGGCCAUGUCGACAGCCUCAAUGAGGUGUCCACCAUCUGGGACGUCAGCACCACCUCAGCCCCCCAUGACAAGCUGUUCGUGCCUAGUGCGCCACUCUCAACUCUGGAAGACCCAGUUUCCAGCACCCCGCUUCUCAUCAGCUACCAGUCUCACAGCCAGCCUGAGGAGGAGGAGGCGGAGGAGGAGGAGGCGGCAGAGGAACUGGGCCAUGCUGAGACCUAUGCAGACUACGUACCAUCCAAGUCUAAGAUUGGGAAACAGCAUCCAGACCGUGUGGUGGAGACCAGUACCCUGUCCAGCGUUCCUCCCCCAGACAUCACCUACACCCUGGCACUACCCACCUCGGACAACGGGACCCUGUCUGCCCUACAGCUGGAAGCCAUCACCUAUGCCUGCCAGCAACAUGAGGUCCUGCUGCCCAGUGGGCAGCGUGCUGGUUUCCUGAUUGGGGAUGGAGCUGGCGUGGGCAAGGGCCGCACAGUGGCUGGCAUCAUAGUGGAGAACUACCUGCGGGGCCGGAAGAAGGCUUUGUGGUUCAGUGCCUCCAAUGACCUCAAGUACGAUGCAGAACGGGACCUGAGAGACAUCGAGGCCCCAGGCAUCGCGGUGCACGCUUUGAACAAGAUCAAGUACGGUGACAACACUACCUCAGAGGGUGUCCUCUUUGCCACCUACUCCGCCCUGAUCGGAGAAAGCCAGGCAGGUGGACAGCAUCGCACGCGCCUCCGCCAGAUCCUGCAGUGGUGUGGCGAGGCCUUUGAUGGCGUGAUUGUGUUUGAUGAGUGCCAUAAAGCCAAGAAUGCCAGUUCUACCAAGAUGGGCAAGGCCGUGCUAGACCUGCAGAGCAAACUGCCCCAGGCCAGGGUGGUGUACGCCAGCGCCACAGGUGCUUCCGAACCCCGCAACAUGAUCUACAUGAGCCGCUUGGGCAUCUGGGGUGAGGGCACACCCUUCCGAACCUUCGAGGAGUUCCUGCACGCCAUUGAGAAGAGGGGAGUGGGCGCCAUGGAGAUUGUGGCCAUGGACAUGAAGGUCAGUGGCAUGUACAUCGCACGCCAGCUCAGCUUUUCAGGGGUCACCUUCCGCAUUGAAGAGAUCCCGCUGUCCCCCGCCUUCGAGCAGGUCUACAAUCGGGCAGCCCGGCUGUGGGCCGAGGCUCUGAGCAUCUUCCAGCAGGCGGCCGACUGGAUCGGCCUGGAGUCCCGCAAGUCCCUGUGGGGUCAGUUCUGGUCGGCACACCAGCGCUUCUUCAAGUACCUGUGCAUCGCCGCCAAAGUGCAGCGGCUAGUGGAGCUGGCCCAACAGGAGCUGAGCCAGGACAAGUGUGUGGUCAUCGGGCUGCAGUCCACAGGGGAGGCGCGGACCCGCGAGGUGCUGGAUGAGAAUGAGGGUCGCCUGGACUGCUUUGUCUCCGCUGCAGAAGGCGUCUUCCUGUCCCUGAUUCAGAAGCACUUCCCUUCCACCAGGAGGAGGCGGGACCGGGCAGGCGGAAAGAGGAAAAGACGGCCUCGGGGUCGCGGCACCAAGGCUCCUAGACUGGCGCUGGAGGCCUCGGGAGUUAUCCGUAUCAGUGACGGUAGCAGCACAGAGUCAGAUGCCGGCCUGGAUAGCGACUUCAAUUCCUCCCCAGAGUCACUGCUAGAUGACGAUGUCGUCAUCGUGGACGCCCCCAUGCUCCCCACAGAUGACCGAGGUCCCCUGUACCCACUUCAGAGAGACCUGCAGGGCCCUGGCGUCCUGGAGCGUGUCGAACGGCUGAAACAGGGCCUGCUGGCCAAGGUGCGCGCAUUGGGCCGCGAGCUGCCCGUGAACACGUUGGACCAGCUCAUCCACCAGCUUGGGGGUCCUGAGUGUGUGGCUGAGAUGACAGGCAGGAAAGGCCGCGUGGUGUCCAGGCCCGAUGGGUCAGUGGUCUUUGAGUCCAGAGCGGAACAGGGCCUGUCCAUCGACCACGUGAACCUCAGGGAGAAGCAGCGCUUCAUGAGUGGCGAGAAGCUUGUGGCCAUCAUCUCCGAGGCUUCCAGCUCCGGAGUCUCCCUUCAAGCCGACCGCCGGGUGCAGAACCAGCGACGCCGGGUACACAUGACCCUGGAGCUGCCUUGGAGCGCAGACCGCGCCAUUCAGCAGUUUGGCCGCACCCACAGGUCCAACCAGGUCUCAGCCCCCGAGUAUGUCUUCCUCAUCUCGGAGCUGGCAGGGGAGCGCAGGUUCGCCUCCAUUGUGGCCAAGCGGCUGGAGAGCCUGGGUGCGCUGACCCACGGAGAUCGCCGGGCCACCGAAUCCCGAGACCUGAGCAAGUAUAACUUCGAGAACAAGUACGGCACCCGUGCGCUCAGUCGCGUCCUCACCACGAUCCUGGGCCAGACGGACAACAGGGUGCCUCUGCCCCAGGGCUACCCUGGAGGGGAUGCCGCCUUCUUCCGGGACAUGAAGCAGAGCCUGCUGUCCGUGGGCAUCGGGGCUCGGGAGUCGCGCACCGGCUGCUUGGAUGUGGAGAAGGACUGCUCCAUCACCAAGUUCCUGAACCGCAUCCUGGGGCUGGAGGUGCACAAGCAGAACGCUCUGUUCCAGUAUUUCUCCGACACUUUUGACCACCUCAUCGAGAUAGACAAGAAGGAGGGCAGAUACGACAUGGGCAUUCUGGACCUGGCCCCUGGCAUCAACGAGAUCCAUGAAGAAAGCCAGCAGGUGUUCCUGGCACCUGGGCACCCACAGGAUGGCCAGGUGGUCUUCUACAAGAUCAGCGUGGACCGCGGUAUGAAGUGGGAAGAGGCGUUCACCAGGUCUCUGGAGCUCCAAGGCCCCCAUGACGGCUUCUACCUCUCCAAGGUACGAGGCAGCAAGACGAGCUGCCUCCUGGCAGAACAGAACCGCGGCGAGUAUUUCACCGUGUACAAGCCGAACAUCGGCCGCCAGAGCCAGCUGGAGACCCUGGACAGUCUGUGCCGCAAGUUCCACCAGGUCACCGCGGAGGCGGCCCGGGAGCCCUGGGAGAGCAGCUACGCGCUGUCGCUGGAGCACUGUAGCCACACCACCUGGAACCAGCGCUGCCGCCUGGCGCAGGAGGGCAAGGGCUGCGCCCAGGGCCUGCGCCUCCGCCACCACUACAUGCUGUGCGGGGCGCUGCUGCGCGUGUGGGGCCGCAUCGCCGCCGUCAUGGCCGACGUCAGCAGCAGCAGCUACCUGCAGAUCGUGCGCCUCAAGACCAAGGACAAGAAGAAGCAAGUGGGCAUCAAGAUCCCCGAGGGCUGCGUCCACCGCGUACUGCAGGAGCUGCAGCUGAUGGAUGCCGAGGUGAAGCGCCGCAGCGCCCAGGGGCUGGCCGCGCGCCCACCCACUCCACGCAUGAUCGCGCUUCCUUGCGGUCCUGGUGAGGUGCUGGACUUGACCUACAGUCCCCCAGCCGAGGCUUUCCCGCCGCCUCCACGCUUCGCCUUCCCUUCGCUGCCGCCCCCAGACCCCAGCUCUCUGAUGCUGGGUGCGAGAGACCCUGCAGCCAACCCCGCGGAGCUGGCACACCAGGGCUGCGACAUCAAUUUCAGGGAAGUGUUGGAGGACAUGCUCCGCUCUCUGCGCGCGGGUCCCACUGAGACCCCUCCGCCUCUGGUGGGCGUGGGCGGUGGGGGCACAGAGCGGCAGAGCGUCAUCCACUUCAGCCCGCCUUUCCCGAACUCAUAGGCGGCCACCGUGGCCCCUGGAUUACAACUGUCCUGGGCAGCAAGGCCCACCGGCUCCUCUGCGAGCAGAGAGGUUCCCACGACUACUGAGGGCACUGGCACAGGGCCUUCCCCGCCAGCCGGGUGCGGGGCCUCGGCCUCCCCUGGGCUGCUCCAGCCACGCCCAGCCUGGAGGCCGUGGGGUUUGGUGGUCCCAGAGAGCUGGUAACUCAGGAAAUCCGGUGCUGAGGCCCCACCGCCUAUGGGGGCUCCACGGGGCAGACCCGUUAAUAUAUGCAAUCCCCUGCUCCCUAAAUUAUUGUCCCCCGCCUCUUACUAGCCCCGGAAUCCGUGGGCAGCCGGCGGGCCCUGGUUUCUAUGUAUUUAUAAUGAACUCUGGUGUACAUAUGUAAAGAUCUUUUUUAAAAUAUAUGUGCCUUUUGCCUA